AGUACGAUGAAGAGGGAGGAUCCACUAGGAUUCUCUACGACAACGAUAAAGUAGUCCAAAUAACCAUGGACUUUGUGCCGGGCGAUCCACUUGACAACGUCUGGGAGGGCUUGAAUGAUGGCCAGAAAGACGUACUCGUCGAGGACUUGAGGAAGUAUGUCUCCGAGCUCCGUGAACUUAAGGGUAAAAGGAUUGGGGCUCUGAAUGGCGGACCAACAAGACUUAUAACCGGUUAUCAGACGGUUCAGGAGGAAUGGCCAUUCGAGUCUGAGGGGCUGUUCAACCAGUUUCAGGAAAUACAAGGUAUAGACACGAGGAUGCAUGCAUCACAGGACGAUGAUUCAUCGCAGAGCGACGACUCAUUACAGGACAAAGAGACACGACAGGAAAAGGCUGAGAUUGUUUUCACCCAUGGGGAUCUUGUUCCAAGAAAUAUCCUUGUCAAUGAUAAGGGCAAUAUCACUGCUCUUGUGGACUGGGAGUUUGCUGGGUAUUAUCCGAAGUACUGGGAGUAUAGCAGGGCGAGUCGCGAGACUACGAUGGGCUGGAAAGACUUUCUUGUUCGGGUUUUUCCUAACAAAGAUGAUUGGGGGUCUGCUGGGACUCGAUCAUCGACUGUCAGGCGACGGUAGGGCUGUUUGGAAUUUAUUUUUAUUUUUUUUUUAUUUUUUUUGUCUUAGUUAUAGACCUGCUAGACGGCCGGGAGGAAACGCAAAGAUAUAUCACGGUGAUGUAC